AUGAGAGGAUACAUACAGAGACAGUGGGGGAAACAUGGAAUUAACAAAAUCUCAAUGAAGAAAAAUGGUAUAGUCUUGGUGAAGUUUGAUAACCCGGAAGGGAAGAAUGAGGUGUUACAAGGUGGGAUAUAUCACAUUGAUAAUAAACCUUUCAUUGUAAAAGCUUGGAAUGAGGAUAUGGAGUUCACUCGAGAGGAGCUGUAUACAGUACCAAUUUGGGUGAAAUUGCUAGGGUUGGAUUUCAAGUACUGGGGCCCUAAAAGGUUAAGUAAAAUUGGAAGUCUCAUUGGCAAACCUUUGAUGGCAGAUAAGAACACUGAAAAGAAGAUUGGGCUGAAUUUUGCGAGACUUCUGAUAGAGGUAGAUGUGGACACACCGUUGCCGGAUAAGGUGUAUUUUAGGAAUGAGAAGGGCAACAUCAUCGAGCAGAAAGUUCAAUACGAUUGGAAGCCUGUGUUAUGUAAGUAUUGUAAAAAAUAUGGGCACUCUGAGGUAGAGUGCAGGAUAAAGAAGCCUAGGUCUCCACCAAAUCAACUAGUGGCGAAGACUACUCCUUCAGAGGGGAAUAAUUCUCCCACUCAACCAGAGCAAGUAGGGGGUGACGCAACAGCACCAUUAAUGGGUAAGGUCACAGAGCCAAGGAAAGGUGGCACAUGUGUAACACAAGGAGGGGCUAAAGAAGGACAACUACAACGGGCUAAAGCUAAAGAAGCAAUUAGGAAGUUCCUGGAGCAACAAGAUAAACGUACAGGUUGGGCGUCUCCACUAAAUACGAGCAAGAUGCCUAGGGUGCAGGGGAAACAAGGGGUGUAUAGUCAGAACCCUUUUGAUGUGCUAGAAGGACCAAGUACAAGCCAGUCACACCAAAGCAGUCAGGUUGCACAUGGGGGAGGCACUGAUCUUGUCCCUAAAGGAACUGGAUAA